CCCCGUGCCCCUCUCAUACUUUACCUGAAUGGAGGGGAAACGACAGUAUGACCAGUUUGUUGGGCGGUAUUUAUUUGUUCAGCUUUGUGGAUUUUGCCUAUAACUGCAGUGUUAAUAUAGAGAGAAAAAAAAAAAAACAAAAACAAAAACAAAAGGCGUGACCUCUUUUUGCCAAAUAUUUUGAAUUUCUAGAUUGAAAUGACACUAAUCAGCCUGGCAUACUUCUAAUUAUGGGAGGUGGGUGGCGAAAUCGAUUGGAAUCCCUUCCGCCGGCACAAGAUAUAAAUGAAUGGUGUAUUUGUUUCAGGAUUAAAAAAAAAAAGACGAGUACAUUCUGAGAUGGAAUGGUGCAUUCUGCAGCAAUCAGAUUCCACGCUGUGAAGAUAGAAAACAAUGGAGAUACAUCCAAUAUGCACAAAGCUGUGCCAUCACAAACCCCACAAUCUAAAAGAUGAUGUAUCUGAGAAGCAGUGUCCAGUCACCGUGAAUCCCCGUCAUAUGAAAAAAGCUUUCAAAGUGAUGAACGACUUGCGCAGUCAAAAUCUUUUGUGUGACGUGACAAUUGUCGCUGAGGAUGUGGAGAUUGCAGCUCACAGAGUGGUCCUAGCAGCCUGCAGUCCUUACUUCCAUGCAAUGUUUACAGGUGAGAUGAGUGAGAGCAGAGCAAAGCGAGUCCGGAUAAAGGAAAUGGACGGAUGGACAUUGGGAAUGCUCAUUGAUUAUGUUUAUACAGCAGAAAUUCAGGUCACGGAAGAGAAUGUACAGGUUCUGCUUCCAGCCGCCAGUCUCUUGCAGCUACAGGAUGUGAAAAAAUCUUGUUGUGAAUUCUUGGAAUCACAGCUACACUCCACCAACUGCUUAGGGAUCCGAGCCUUUGCAGAUAUGCAUGCAUGUAUAGAGUUGCUGAAUAGAGCCAACACGUUUGCAGAGCAGCACUUUGCAGAGGUGGUGCAAAGUGAGGAAUUCCUGAACCUGGGAAUUGAGCUGGUGUGCAGCCUGAUAGCCAGCGAUAAGCUUACAAUACCAUCUGAGGAGAAGGUGUUUGAAGCGGUUAUUGCCUGGGUAAACCAUGAUAAGGAUGUCCGUCAGGAACACAUGGCCCAUCUUAUGGAGCAUGUGCGUCUGCCUCUGCUUUCUAGAGAAUACCUGGUCCAGAGAGUAGAAGAGGAGUCCCUGGUUAAAAAUAGCAGUGCAUGUAAAGAUUACCUCAUUGAAGCCAUGAAGUAUCAUCUGCUUCCUGCUGACCAGAGGUCCAUGAUGAAAACUAUUAGGACCAGAAUGAGAACGCCCAUCAAUCUUCCCAAGGUAAUGGUUGUUGUUGGUGGGCAGGCCCCUAAAGCCAUCCGCAGUGUGGAGUGCUAUGAUUUCAAAGAGGAGCGGUGGUACCAAGUAGCUGAACUGCCUUCACGGAGAUGUAGAUCAGGUGUCGUCUGCAUGGGAGGAUUUGUUUAUGCAGUUGGUGGAUUCAACGGCUCUUUAAGAGUGCGCACAGUUGAUUCAUAUGAUCCAGUUAAGGACCAAUGGACAUGUGUUGGCAGCAUGCAGGACAGGAGAAGCACUUUGGGAGCUGCUGUGUUAAACGGCCUUCUUUAUGCUGUAGGAGGAUUUGAUGGGAGUACAGGUUUGUCAACUGUAGAAGCCUACAACGCAAAGACAAAUGAAUGGUUUCACAUAGUACCUAUGAACACCCGGCGAAGUAGUGUGGGAGUUGGUGUUGUUGGAGGAUUGCUCUAUGCAGUUGGAGGUUAUGAUGGUGCAUCCAGGCAAUGUCUCAGCACAGUGGAGGCCUACCACCCCAACGCCAACGAAUGGAAUUAUGUUGCAGAGAUGAGCACAAGACGAAGUGGAGCAGGUGUUGGAGUUUUGAAAGGAUUAUUGUAUGCUGUUGGAGGUCAUGAUGGGCCACUGGUGAGAAAGAGCUGUGAGGUAUAUGACCCUGCCACAAAUUCCUGGAAGCAGGUUGCAGAUAUGAAUAUGUGCAGAAGAAAUGCAGGUGUCUGUGCAGUAAGCAAUCUGCUGUAUGUAGUUGGUGGGGAUGAUGGCUCCUGUAACCUGUCAUCAGUAGAGUAUUACAACCCUUCAGCUGACAAGUGGACCCUUUUGCCUGCUUGUAUGAGCACAGGAAGGAGUUAUGCAGGUGUUGCAGUACUUGACAAGCCGUUAUGACUAGGCGUGGAUUUACUGCUGUUCUGAAUCUGAAGUAAGCUGUUGCUGAAGUAAUUUGCUGUCUAAAGCAUCUUCGCUGAGCUGCUUCAUUCUGAGACAGUGUGGAGGACGACAGUACUGUCUUAAAUGUCAGGCAAGGAGUGGAGACAUUGAAGAUUUUGCACUUCAUCAGAGCACUACAUGGGAUUAGCCUUUAACACAGACAUUUAUUGUGGGAAAAGAAUACCCUAAGUCUGAAGGUGCACAUUGACUGAAAAUCAACUGUAAUUACAGCUAUUUAAAGUUGUACAUGGACCAAUUGAGAUCUGAAGGAGGAUAGUUUAUCAUGCAGAAGAAUCUGAAAAGACAAGGACAAUAACCAUUAACAGUUGUAAUGUUUUUACAAACUCUCAAUGAGCUAAUAAACAUCAGUAUUUACAGUAGAGGAAGCCAGUUCUAUACAAAAAAAACAGCUGAAGCUGUUCGUGGCAAUCCCUUGCAGCAUUUCAGGACUUAAUUAUACAGUUUUCAGUGGCACAGAAUUACAAAUAACAUCAACCUAUAUAAUGUAUUUUAUUUUAAAUAGAUGUAGAUAUUGAGUCUGCCUAACACUAAAUGCCAGUUGUGAAGAAUGAGCAAAACCUUGCUCAAAAACAUUUUAAAUUAAUUUAAUUUAAUGCCAAAAUUGUUUAAACAAAAAAGGCAAUCUAAUAUUUGUAUUUAUGUGUUUUACCUUCUUUCAUAUCCUGGUCAUGUUUUGAUGCAUUCCUUUCUUUCAUCUAAUUUAAGAAUGCUGUGGCAUGAAUUCAAAUGCAGACUUACAUUGGUUUCCUGGAUUUUAAAUGAAUCUGCAUGUCAUAAACACUUCAUUUACUUCUAGCUGCUGUUUUUGCUACUACUGUAUGCGAGUGAAUGCUGAAUGUGAUGUGCAGAAUCAGUGAUUUGGCUCUCUUAUACAAAUGACCAAAAUGCUUUUCUUUCAAUAAAAUUUGUUGUAUUUCUUCUGUUAUUGUACGUGUAUAGGAAUGUUGUGUAAUGCUCUUUGAACCAAUGUUUAUUAACUUAAGAUGAUGUUGUUUUUGUUUUUUAAAUAAAUAUGCUUCUUGUAUUUUGCUUCAACAAUUAUUAAUACAAAGAGAAAACUGUACUAUACUGUUUGUACAUGCAUACAAACACAUGAUUUUGGGAGGCCCAAUCCCAUUGCUGGUAUGGGUGUUAAGCGUUUUGACAAGUAAAGUUUAUUGCU